AUGGAGUCUGGGGAGGCGAUCGCAAUUGUGGUCUUUGGUGUCGGUAUUACUGUAGAUCUGGUUAGGGAUGCAGAUCGUCGCAUCGACUACUACUACUACUACUACUACUACUACUACUACUACUACUACUACUACUACUACUACUACUACUACUACUACUACUACUACUACUACUACUACUACUACUACUACUACGCUGAGUACGCCAUAUGCACAACUCGUUUAGUCUGUCCAUUUGAUAGUAUGGCAUCAUUCUACCAUGUGGUUGUCUUCCCAGAACCGGGCGAUAAGAAUGAUAGUCCUCGAGAUGAUGUCAAUGAGCACGGUACCCCCCUUCUUUGGGCCACUUUUCCCCCGUAG